GGUCGUCGCGCGCAGCCGUCAUGGCAGCGGAGGAGAAAGACCCCCUGAGUUAUUUCGCGGCUUACGGGAGCAGCAGCUCAGACUCUUCGGGCGAAGAGGAUAACAGCGAUCCGGAGGAGACGAGUCGCAAGGGCCCGGAUCCAGCCAAGUCAGCCAGCGGCUGUGGGAACAAGGCGGAGAAGCGGCUGCCGGGACCCGACGAGCUGUUCCGGAGCGUGGCUCGCCCAGCCUUCCUGUACAAUCCGCUCAACAAGCAGAUCGACUGGGAGAGGCACGUCGUCAAGGCGCCCGAGGAGCCUCCAAAGGAGUUCAAAAUAUGGAAGUCAAACUAUGUACCACCUCCGGAGACCUACGUCACUGAGAAGAAACCUCCGCCUCCAGAGCUGGACAUGGCAAUAAAAUGGUCGAAUAUAUAUGAGGACAAUGGUGAGGAUGCCCCCCAGAAUGCUAAGAAAGCCAGGCUCCUACCAGAAGGAGAGGAGACGCUGGGAUCGGAUGAUGAAAAAGAUGAGCACACAUCUAAAAAGCGCAAAGUUGAACCAGGAGAACCAGCAAAGAAGAAAAAAUAGAGAGCAACAAAUGGCAAAAUUUCCUGGACCCACUAAACUUGUUGAAAUGUGUCGUUGAACAAAUUAGUUUGAUAUUGUGGAUUAUUAUGACAAAACAUCUCCAUGAAAGUAUACAUCUUAAUGAACUAAUAAGUAUUGCCUCGAGAACUUUCCACUGUAGAAUUUUUUAUUUAAAAUGUGUAUGUAUU